AUGGACCCGCCAACGCCGCAAGGACCGGGCGAGGACGCAGAUAGCCUGUCGGGCCUACUCGGUCGCCGCAGCAAGAACCGCAACAAGAAGGGACUCGCUCUCACCGCCGAGGCGACCAAGCCUGGGACGCUCUCGGGUGCCUCAGCCGUCGACCUCCUCAAGGCCCCUGCCCCACCAGUCCCUUCACGGCCACAACCGAUCCAGGUGACCGGUUCAUCACGCUCGAAGUGCAACUCUGUCAUUUCCCUCGACUCGGCGGACACGGUCUCGCCCCAGCUGCCGACCACCCCCAGCCUCUCCUCGUCGUCGACCAGCUCGCGGAGCUACCACAACCAACUGAACGAGCAGUUGGCGAGUCUCGAGCUCGGCGUGGAGUUUCGGAUAGACCUGAGAAACGAGGAUCUUGAAGUGCUGGACGAGCUGGGCAGCGGGAACGGCGGGACUGUAAGCCGAGUGCUGCACGUCCCAACGAAGGCGGUCAUGGCCAAGAAGGUCGUCCACAUCGCGACGUCCGAUAGCACGCGCAAGCAAAUCCUUCGCGAGUUGCAGAUCAUGCACGACUGCUCUUCGCCCUUCAUCGUUUCGUUCUACGGCGCAUACCUACAAGACCCGCAUAUCUGCAUGUGCAUGGAGUACAUGGACAAGGGGUCGCUGGACAGCAUCUACAGGCGCAUUGGUCCGAUCCCGGAACCCGUGAUCGGCAAGAUUGCGCUCGCAGUCGUUUCGGGCUUGACCUACCUGUACGAGGUGCACAAGAUCAUGCACCGAGACGUCAAGCCCAGCAAUAUCCUCCUCAACUCGGCGGGCCAGAUCAAGAUCUGCGACUUCGGCGUUUCGGGAGAGCUCAUCAACAGCGUUGCGGAUACCUUCGUCGGGACGAGCACCUACAUGAGUCCCGAGCGCAUUUCUGGCGAGCCCUACACGGUCAAGUCAGACGUCUGGUCGCUCGGCAUUACCCUCAUCGAGAUCGCCAUUGGUCGCUUCCCCUUCUCCUCCGACGACGACGCCUCGUCCUCCGACGAUGACGCAGACGCAGCGCUUGCCCGCCUCUCGCUCAACGUCGACGAGGCGACCAACGAGAUGCGCGACUCGUUUGGCGAUGAUCUGGACUAUAUGCUCUCGCCAGCUCGCCCUGAGAAGAAGCGGGAGAGCAUCCUGCUGGCUGAGGAACGUCGUGCGUCAAAACGCGACUCCGCACGACCAAGCCGCGCAAUACAACGGCAGAAGCCGCGCAAGACUGCCCGCGGUGUCACGCUGGCGGGGUCGGGCCACCAGAUGUCGAUCCUCGAGCUUCUCCAGCACAUCGUCAACGAGCCGGCGCCGCACUUACCACCGGGCAGGUUUUCCUCUGCGGCGGAGGAGUUUGUCGACGCUACGCUGCGGAAAGAGCCGAUCGGCUGGAACGUCAAAAAGAAGGGCCCUCUUCCGCAAGCUCUCGCCCGUCCCACGCCUAAAGAGCUCCUGGAGUACGCCUGGAUUCGCGAGGCGGCUGCCGCGGACACGGACAUCCAGGCUUUUGCUCGCUCGAUACCAUAG